UUUCAGACACACGGCAAACAAAAGCCCGGAUGGAUGGUUGUUUAUUGUCUUGUUGCAAUGGGUGGCCCGGCCCGUGUUGGACAGUGACGGCUCACUGCAUCUAUUGGAUUAGGCAAGGAUUUUAAACUGGGAUUAUGCCAUUGGGCUGCAGUCAGCAUGGGGUAUGUGUGAGCCUUUCCAUCACUGGGGUAGAUGAGGGUGUGUUCCUGUGUGUGAAAGCACUCAGCAGACACAACAGUGUAUUUAUUUACUGUCCUUUUGGCUUUAUUGCCGUCGGCACAGCGCUUCAGCCAUGAACCUGUUUUGCUUCACUCUGGAUGGCUCCUCCGAGAGCAUAUAUGAACCAUCCCACAACUCAUCACUGAAUGACGUGUUCCCAAAUUCCCACUGCAGCCCUCUUCUAAGGCGUAGACCUCAAUGGACUGGCUCAGAUCCAAACAUUAGUUAUGUCCAAACGCCAAACAAUGUAAGAUUAAAAAGAAACAAUAGAAGGUCUUGCAUCACAACUUCGGCAAUAGAAAAUGAAACAUCAGAAACAGACUAUUCAUGUUGGACAGCAUCGGGUCUCAGGAUUGAUAUCCAUCAUCAAGAGACAGAAGACAAGAUAGCGGCCUGUCAAAGCAACACUGAAGACCCGGUGAAGGAGAUGACCUCAGAAAAGAUGAAAAAAGGUCAUCCAGUUCAGAGUGGCGAAAGUGCAGAAGACAAAGAUGGACCAAUGACUUCAACUUCAAGAAGACUAAAGAUGUUACAUGAUUUGGUUCAAGCCAAAAAAGGACACCAGAGUGCUUCUGGGAAAGGAACAAACGAGCCUAAUAAUAGGAAUAAUUCAUCCGACAUGUUAAGUAACACCAACUCAGUGUUCACCUGCAUCAGUCUGGGCAAAAGAACGGAAAAGUCUUCCCAAAGUGAUCAGCAGCAGCAGCAGCAGCAAGAGGAAGUAAAAAACCUCAAUGUGGAUUUGAAGACAAAAGUUGUUCAGAACACCAUUGACUGUUCUCAGCCACGUUUGCCCUUUUAUCACACUUGCCACCAACCUGGACAUAAGAUGGGGGUCUGCGAAGGCAACUUGGUGCUUCCUCAGGCAAGCGAAUGGGAUCGCUUUGAGAGUCUCAUUCAGGAACUGGACAGAAAAGAAUCUGAUCUUCCUCCAACCACGUUUGCAGCAGCCACCAAAGAUAUCCAAUCCACAGGAGACAAACUGACCGUAUUUGGAAAAUUGGUCACGCCCACGGAGCCGCCGCCCUUUAUGAAACCACAACACAACGCAAGUCCUUUGAGCGGGUCCAAACUAAGCAAGAGGCAGACUGCAGACUCACCACGGCCUGACAAGCAGCCCAUUGAAACCACAGCAAAGAAAAAAAGUACAACUGCUGUUUGUGUUGACACCCAAAAACCAGAUGCUAAGAAGAGGGAGUCUGGUGUCAUGAGGAUACUGACCGAGGGACGCAAGCUCUCCAGUAAUUCAAUGGAAAGCCUCUAUAGUAGACAAAGUUCCUCAAGUGGAGUUACCAGUGACUGUUCCAGUAACAGAGACAGUCUGAGGCUGGAGGAUGAAUCCUUUUGCCCAAGACUUUACUGUGGUCGAGCGCGAGUACAUACAGAGUUCAUGCCAAGUCCAUAUGACACAGAAUCCCUCAAGCUUAAGGUUGGCGAUGUAAUUGACAUCAUCCACAAGCGCCCCAUGGGAAUAUGGACUGGGAUGUUGAACAACAAAAUCGGCAACUUUAAAUUCAUCUAUGUGGAUGAGUUAUCAGAGGCGGCUCCUGAGACACACGAGGAAGUGCAAAACCACAGACCGCCCCCAAAAUGCACCUCGACUAUCCAUGAAGUGUUGAGGCGUCUCAGUUUAGAGGAAUAUUCAAGCUCUCUCCAGCAGAACGGUUACCAAACAGUAGAUGACUUGAUGAGGCUGAGGGAGCAUCACCUGACAAAACUACAAGUGACGGAUCCAGAGCACAGGCAUCGUCUGCUUGCUGCGGUCGAGUCCUUGCAACAACUGAGCUCUAAUUGUGACUUGGAGAAGGAGCCCAAGCAAGAGGUCGGGACCCCUACUGAAAACAUGAAAAGAGACAUGAGAGACUCAGGCUGCCACAUGACAUCUGAUAGCACCGACAUCAGUGGAGAGGACGCAGACAUUCGUUUUCCUUGCGAGCCAUCUUAACCUCGCUGUAUCUGCUCCCAUUGGGUUCCAUCUUAAGGAAACAUGGUAUUCCUUUCCACUGCUAUGCAGAUGACUGCCAGAUCUAUGUCCCACUGAGCAAGAAAGACACCUUCUCAUUAAGGCCACUCCUAUCCUGUCUGGAAGAAAUCAAAACUUGGAUGGCACAAAAUUUCUUGAAGUUCAACGAAAAGAAGACAGAGGUGAUAUUGUUUGGCCCCAGUGGACCUUGUACAUUCCAUCCUGUAGACUUGGGCCCCCUAUCUCCUUAUCUGAAAUCAACGGUCUCAAACUUGGGACUUAAACUGGACAGUGAUUUCAAACUCGAUCGGCAAAUUGGUGCCGUUGUUAAAUCCAGCUUCUUUCACCUUAGACAGCUGGCCAAAAUAAAACCUUUCCUCUCACAUGAACACUUUGAGACAGUAAUUCAUGCCUUUGUCACAUCCCGGCUCGAUUACUGCAACGCCCUGUACUUUGGAGUCAGCCAGUCCUCCAUCAAGCGCCUUCAGCUGGUACAGAAUGCCGCUGCUCGCCUCUUGACUGGUACUCGUCAGAGGGAGCAUAUAACUCCUACUUUGGCAUCCCUUCACUGGCUCCCCAUUCAUUUUAGAAUUAUUUUUAAGAUCCUCCUCUUUGUUUUCAAAUCUCUGAAUAAUCUCGCGCCACCUUACCUCUCUGAGCUCAUACGCCCCUACACCCCUGCCCGGCGCCUCAGGCCUGUGGACCAGUCUUUGCUAGACGUACCAAGAACUAAACUGAGGCUCAGAGGGGAUCGAGCCUUUUCUGUUGCUGGUCCAUCUCUCUGGAAUGACCUCCCACUGAACAUUCGGCAAGCCUCCUCGCUGCCCAUCUUUAAAUCCCUCCUCAAAACUCACUUGUAUUCUUUGGCGUUUGACUCAGCAUGACUUAGAUUUGCUAUUGGUUUUACUGCUUGGUGCUUUCUACCGCCUUAUUACUUAUUACUUAUUACUGAUUCGUCUUAC